AUGGUUCAGAUAUCCGAUAUUCAUUAUGACCAUCUACCCAUUCGUAUCCAAGAUGCAUUCCUAGACAGAGUUAUUGAAAAAGUGAAUGCUUUGAAGCCCGAUAUCAUCGUCAUCACUGGUGACUUUGUACAAAGAGAACCUGAACCAAUACAUCAAUUAAUUGAUAAACAUUUAAAUAGAUUAAAGGCAAAAUAUGGAAUUUAUAAUAUACUUGGUAAUCAUGAUUAUAAAACAAGUCAUGGAGCUGAAUUGAUAACAAAGGCAUUUGAAAAGACCGAUAUGACACUAUUACAUAAUCAAGUGGCAUAUCCAAUGGGAAAGGGAAAAGGACGUAUUCAAUUGGUAGGACUUGGUGAUUAUAGUAGAAAACGUGUCAACUUUUUGGUGGAUCAAGUCAAAGAGUCGUUGGAGGAACCUAAUCGUCCUCGUAUUGUCCUGUCACAUAAUCCAGACAGUGCAAAAGAUUUGGUCGAGUUUGAGAUUGAUCUUCAACUAUCUGGACAUACACAUGGUGGUCAAGUUUGUUUUCCAAAUGGUAGACCAAUUCUUCCAAUACUAGAUAAAUUGAUGACUCGUAUUCUACCAAAACGUGAACUAGUCAGAAUAUCCUAUCCAAGAAAAGUGGUAAAGAAUUGGGAAUGGGCAAGAGGUCAUCAUAUAUUGGAACAAGAAACUAGACCUGAAAGACCUUUUAAUCUUUAUGUUAAUCGUGGUCUUGCUACUCACCCACCACUAAGAUUAUUUUGUGAUCCUGAAAUUACUCUUAUUCUAUUAUCUCCAAAAUAA